CAACGCGCUAAUUUUUCGUAAUUGACCGUGCGAUUCGAAAAUUCGACUGACCUUGAAUAAAGGUGCCUCCAAUUUCACGAGUAAUUAUCAACAAUACGAGAUUAUGGAUAUUGACGUUGCCGCGACGUCGACGCGUUUCGCACCUACAUUCGUCCGACAAUGAAUUAGCAUAAGCGUGUAUUUUUGUUUAAUUAAAAACUUAUUCGACGACAAAAACGUGCGGACUCUAUGCAGUCUAGGUAUGCGCGUACAUUGAGAAAAAAUUUCUCGACGAACGGCUGAAUAUUCUUCGAUUUCUCCAUGCAUUUCGUCGUUUCAGAUAUCCGAUCAAUACGACGAAAAAUUCGGACUUGAACUCAUCGUAUCUGCAGAUCAAGUGUACCUCCGCCACGAAGAAUAAUAUAUCAGCCUUAUCGAUAGAAUAUAAUCAAGUGACGCGUUAUUCGUUAAUUCAUUGUGAGUGUACAUCGCUGUCAUGAUUGAUGAUUUUUGAGCGUGUUUGAUUGGCAAAAAAAAGUUUUUAGAAGAAUAGCAAAAAAAAUCUGAAAUCAAGUCUAUUAUCACAUUGAAUCGGUGUUCAACAAGUGGUGAUCUGCGACGUCGAAAGGCCGUAUACUUUCCGUUGUCGGUAAAACUUUUAUUCUUCGGUAUAUCCUAUUGGUAGUCGCGCUGCUUCGGGCAGUCAUCAGUUUUCGGCACACAUAUCCACACAUUUAGCGUCGGAGAGAACAUUCAAAGUUCUGGGCCACCGGAUCGAUCGACGUCCGUAUUGAUUCCGAUCGGCGCGAGCGAAGUAAAAAGAGAAAUCGUCAAUUUCGGAACCAGGAAAAAAUUGUACCUCGAUAACGGCUCUUACGUAAGAAGAAUGCAACAUGUCCAGGACGAAGAUAGCUCCCCAAAUAUUCGCUGCCAUUUCCGGAUCGUUGCUGAUCGCAGGAAUAGGCUAUCACAUCGGUUGGACGUCACCGGCUCUGCCAAAAAUUUUGAUCGAUACUUCGAUUCCGGUAAAUUCGAAUCAAGCUGCCAUGAUCGUCAGUAUGUUGACUCUCGGAGGUGCGAUCGGACCGAUCAGCGUAUGCUUCACCGUUGACAAAUUCGGAAGAAGAGCGACGAUGUUGAUGCUGGCAAUUCCAUUUUUAGCGUCAUCCGUUAUGACCGCGGUUCCCCAGAAUUACUGGUGGUACUACGUCGCAAGACUUUUGUCCGGCUUCGGCGUGGGAGCCUCGUUCACGGUGGUCCCCAUGUAUCUGGGCGAGAUUGCGGAGGACAGGAUCCGCGGUGGUAUCGGUAUACUGUUCGGAGUGAUGUUCAAUUUCGGAGUCCUCGUACCCCUCUGUACGGGGCCCUGGGUGAGCCUGCCGAUAUUGGCGAGUAUAGGUGCGCUGAUUCCGAUCAUUUUUAUAAUGACGUUCGUCUGGGUGCCGGAAACGCCUUACUAUUACCUCAUGAAAAACAAACCCGACAAGGCCCGAAAAAGUCUUGUAUGGCUCAGGGGAACGACCGACGUCGAUGACGAAUUUAAAAAGGUCACGAAAAAUGUGGAAUUAGAUCUGAAAAACGCGGGUACGUUGAGGGAGCUCUUCACCGACAGGGCCAAUCGAAGGGCAAUGCUCAUCAUGAUCGGGCUGUUUACCGCACAGCAGAUUACCGGCACUCUGGUUAUCCAGAGCUACACGACCAUAAUUUUUGAAACCGUUGCCAGUAGCAUCAGCGCGAAUGUUUCAGUAAUAAUAAUCGGAGUUGUUCAAUUAGUGGCUACAAUUUUAGUCUCUUUUAUCGCUGACAAGAAAGGCAGACGAACUUUGCUAAUUUGGUCGAUGCUCCUGAGCAGUAUAUCCUUGCUAGGUGAAGCGGCGUACUUCCAUCUCCAAGCGAUCGGGUCGGACGUAUCGGGGAUUUCGUGGCUUCCGGUAACUGCGAUUGUUGGAUACGUUACGAGCUUCACCUUGGGCGUCGGCACUUUACCAUCGGCGAUAAUAUCCGAGAUAUUCGCAUGCAACAUCAAGGCCUACGCUUCGACCAUCAGCAACGUCUAUUUGUCCUUUGCCGCGGGAUUUAUUUCAUUCGUUUAUCCGAAUAUCGUACAAGCAUGGGGUGUACACGUGGCGUUUUAUUUCUUCGCCACUGGCACCGUAGUCUUCAUGAUUUUAAUUUACAUAUUUUUACCGGAAACCAAGGGCAAGUCAUUCCACGAGAUUCAGAUAAUGCUCCAAGGAAUAUCUGAGUCUAGAGAAAAAUUGCAUCCCAUUAGAAAAUCCAACUAUGGAUCGAGUCGAUCAUCGAUAUAUUCUAUAGCAACGAACGAUGUACCUGUGUACGGUACAAUAACGAUGAAAUAAUUAAGUUCAGGGAUUGGUCCGUCCGAGAUAUAAUGUAAUCGAAAAAUUCUCAUCGGUUCAAAAUGGAAAUGACAAUAAAUGAUUUUAGAAAAAAUUCA